CUGUGUCGUGUCAUCAUGAGCUGAACAGACAUCUGAACUCCGGGACUCACAGAAGAGAGACAGAAGCCAAGAAGAAAACUUCACUGAGGUGUGGAAAAGAAGCGCAUUUCAACAGUAUGGGCUCUGGUCAGAGCAGCGAAAAAGUCUACUGCAACCGCUACCUGAACGGAAAGGGUCCUCCAUCACUGGAACAACAAGCUAAGGAAGGGCUGAAUGGGAUCCCCAGAGGAGUGACUGGCUGCCAGCCACAGGGCCAGAUGACCUGGGUGAUCCUCCACAGAGACCUGCCGGGAUUCCCUGACGACAACACCGUGCAGAUCAACUACAUAUUCCCAGAUGGAAUACAGACAGAGAAACAUCCCCACCCGGGCAACCCUUACGCAGGGCUGCGGCUCUGUGCUUACCUGCCAGACAACCGUGAGGGCAAGAGGGUUCUAAAGCUGCUGGAGAAGGCCUUCAACCAGCAGCUCUUGUUUACUGUCACCACCAACAAAGAUGGAAAGGACACGGUCACUACAGCUUCCGUCCCCCUAAAAACACAUCCAGAUGGAGGGAACAAAGUUGAUGGCUACCCAGAUUCCGACUACCUGAAAACUGUGAGAAAGCUACUGAGGGAUAAAGGCAUUGAAUAACACACAACACACAGCGCUGGAUGGACAGAUGAAGGCAAAAACUGUGCUGAGAACCUGUGCUGUCCAUGGUUGUUGUUGUCAAUGUGUAAUCUGUGUAUUAUUACAUUAUUGCAGUUCUUAUUCUUGAAAUUAAUUUAUUAUAACAUGUAUUGUCAAUAGUAUAAAGUGAUUAUUUUACUGUAUCAUUACAAAAAAGUUUUUUUUUUUGAAUUCAGAAUAUGGAGUCAUAUUAUUGUAUUUAUAGGGCAAAAUAAUAGUACUGUAUGUAGUAAGUAGUAGUGCCUGUAUAAGUGAAGUGAAUAUUACAUUUAUUCUUAAGUAGUACAGUGAACAAUCUAAACUCUAAUUAUGAUACAGACACUUACGUUUUUACAAUCCAUUUGUUGUGUAAGAUUUCAUCAUACAUUAUGACAGAAUGUCAAGCUUCAGGUCAUGAAUAGGGUUUAAGUAUAAUGCUCAAUUAAAUGAUUAUUUAAGUAAUACUAAACUUAUUAUGUUUCUUUAAUUCAUCACAAUCUUGUUCUGUCUUUUUCCAAUUUUUUGUUUAAUAGAUCAAAAUCAGAAAACGGUAACUUCACUCGUAUCAGUGUUUAGGUGCCAUCCAGUCUUAGAUAGCAGGCAGUGCAGGGAAUCCAAAUGUUUAAAAUGUUCAGGAAUAAAUGAGACCGACAACUAGA